AUAGGUCGGUCAGUUUUGUGAUUGACAAAGCAUCCUUGGCCACUUUGGCGAAAUCAAACGGUGUUAUUAACUACGGUUUCUCAGCCAUCACAAUGAGGGUAUAUAAAAAGGACGAGGAGCAAUCCUUACCUAACGACACAGGUCCAGCAGCACCGCAAGGCACUGUUGAUACCAUAAUGGAAGCGGGUGAUAUUGAAACUGCUACCGCAAACUCAGUGGGCCCAGUAGAAAUACUGCCUACCACUUCUGAUUCAAUAAAUAUGGACGUGACUAUGUCCUCUCCAGCUCCUUCAAUUACAUCUGAAGAGAGUAUUGGUACGCGCUAUCUUUUUGACGAAGAAGAACUUUUGAACUCUGAAAAUGAAUCUGAAGAAGAUAGCGCGCUUGACGUUACAGUGGUGGACACUACCACAUCCAAAACAAAUCAUGAUGCGGGUACUACAAAUUAACCUGCACCACUGCAAGGCUGCGUCCGCCAGCUUGUUGCAAUGCCUCAGCAACAACGAGGCUGAUAUGGUCCUGGUGCAAGAGCCAUGGGUUUUCAAGGAUCUUGUCUGCGGACUCAGGACUAAAAACUUUGACUUAAUGUAUGCGGUAAACAAGGUAUAGUGACAAAGACCUAACCGCAGUAAGUAUUGAGGGACCUUGGGGCCAGAUAUGGGCGGUAUCUGCAUAUAUGGCUCAUGAUCACGAAGAG